AGGAGCGCUGGUCAUAAGGAGUUGCUGUGUCGCCUAACACUUGGUCGCCCCAAAUUGUCCCCAACAAGCUCCUGUUGCCCUGGUGCACCUCGUGGCUAGUGCACAGUGAGUCGGCCGGAUAGAGCUGCCCACGGAGUGUUGUAGCACGCGAAGCGACUAGACUCUCAGACCCUCAGUGACCGAGAGUCCGGAGCAUGUCGGACACGGAGGCGGACGCGAAUGGGAGCACCAACGGUGAACCGGGUGGCACGGCGGUUACCAACGGCUCCCAGCAGCUGCUGCCCUCACAGAAGGUGCUGGAGGAGGAGGAAGCGGAGCGGUUGGCCGAGGAGGAACGGAAACGUAACCGUGAGCCGCCCAUCAUCUUCUCCGAGGUUGAUUCGAAGCUGGAGCUGGAACGACUGGUGGACUUCGUCGACGGUAAGCUGUCGGAGGAGGAACAGGAAGCGGUGGACCAGCUGCACCAGUACCUGCUGCUGGGCGAGGGCGCCUGGACGUUCGGCGACUGCUUUCUGGUGUUCGUCGGGCGCAUCUUCCGCGACCAGCAGUGCUUCUCGACGGACGUGCGCGUCCACCUGCUGCGGGCGCUCGCCAACGCCGCCCUCAAGGAGGACAUCAUACUGCUGCUGCACCAGGACCGCAAGGACCACGUGCUGAUGAACUUCGCCCAGGACAUCGACCGGCACCCACCGGAGGAGCAGCAGUCGAUCGCACUGUUCAUGUGCAACCUGUUCGAGAACAACAACGCGUCCGAGUGGCUGCUGUACAUCUCCGAGUGGAGCUACAACGGCCAGACGACGUCCAACAUCCGGGCGACGACGAAGGUGGCCGUCCACUGUCUGCUCGCCGCCUGCCCCCGGUUGCAGGACAUCGGUACGGCGCUCGUGCACAACAUUGCCUGCAAGGAGGUGAAGACGGUCGUGUUCGACGACGUGGCGGUCGAAAUAUCGAUGGCGCUGCUCCAGUUCUUCAACAACGCACCCAACGAGGAGCACCUCUUCCGCACGAUGAAGGCACUGGCCAAGUUCGUUCAGGUCUCACCGGAUGUGCCCCAGUUUGUGCAGAUGAUCGGACCGCACCCGAAGAACUUCAAGGGCAAAAGCGAACGGGUCGACACACUGAUCGAGCAGAUCAGCAAAAAAGUACGCUAGCACACUGCUAACAAUUUCGUGGAAGCGUGGGAGCGGAGGAGCUGGAAAGGCGGGGGGACGGCGGUCCCCGCCAUUAGAUCAACCAUUAGAGACUCCCGCGCAGUCCCCCGCAUUAUUAGAUCAGGUGUAUCAGGAUUACUAUGUUGAUGGUCGUCAAUGGAGUCGUUGGUCGUUGAUGGAGCAUUUGCCUAGGGAUAGGGAUAGAAACAAUACAUAUCACAUGCCCUCAAGUCCAGACACACACACACACAUACAGACACACAGUCGAUGCUUUAUUAACUGACGAAAGAAGCAGCCGGCAACCACAGUCGAAA